AUGACAAAGAAGAAGACGGUGUUUGAUGGUUGUGUGAUCACUUGUUGUGGCAAGUUUGAUAAUCCUCAACCAACGAUCAAGGCAUCUGUUGUGGAACAUGGAGGAAAGACAGAGAAUAUGUUCAAUGCCAGGUGUACACAUCUGAUCACUACAAAGGAGAACUUCAAUAGGAAGACAAACAAUGUAAAGAGAGCAAUCAAGGCUGGUGCCCAUGUCGUCAACAUUCAAUUCGUAAACAAGUCAAUCGAGGCUGGCAAGAGAUUGGAUGAAGAGGCAUACUCAUUCUUGAGGCAAGAUGGCGGUGAUGAUCAAGAAGAUGAUGAGGAUGAGGAUGGUGAAGAUGAGGUUGAAGCCAAGCCAGCCCCACCCAUCACAAAGAGGAGGGCGGCUGCAGCAGCCAAACAAGUCAAGAAAGAAGAGGUGAAAGAGGAAGAGGAAGAUGAAGUUGAAGAGGAGGUCAAGGAAGUUGGAUCAAAGAGAAAGAGAACAACCACAACAAGAGUGAAGAAGCAAGUGAAGGAGGAGGAGGUGGAGGUGGAGGAGGAUGAGCAAGACCAAGUGAAGGACGAGAAGGAGUGCAAUGAUGAGGAAGAAGAGGAGAUUGUUCAGCCAAAGAAGAAGAGCAAGGCAAAGACCGUGAAGGAGUAUCCAAAGUUCUAUCCAGUGGCCGACGAUGAGACUAUGGUCAAAAUGACCAAGGUUGUAGCCGGACUGAAACAACAACGUGUCAUAUUCUAUCCAUGCGCUCAAGAGUGUCUGCGCGACAUGAUGUCCCAUCUCUGUAAACAAAUGGACGACACUUAUACCACCGCCAAGGACUUGACAGCCUCAAAGAGACAGUCACAUUGUCUUGACAAGGUGAUAAAUCCAACACUGCUCAAGGUGCUAAGAAUGGAGAAGCCAGACAAGGACAAUGCCGACGACACAUUGGUGGAUGCCGCCAGCCUCAAGGCCGCGCUGCCAGCCUGGUCGGCAGAGGACAUCAAGGACAUCACACAAAUCUGCAAUGGAUUCCUCGCCAACAUGUUCACCCGUUUCAAAGAGCACAGCGACCGCCACAAACGCGGAUGGGUCAGCGGGACUGCGAUCCGUCACAUCAUCAGCGAGAGCCUCACCCUCUCAGAGAUGUUCCCACAUCUUGAUACCUAUCGCAAGCCUACAGGGCCAAGAGACAAGGCCCGUCCAAAGAAGGUGUAUUAUGGCGCAGAGAAUGACCAGGCAGCUUGA